AUGACAGCAACAAACAACAACAGCAACUAUAUCGUUUCUGAUGAAAAAGUUAUUGAUUCAUUAGCUGAGGAAUUAGUUGUGGCAGAAACUAAAACCCUCAACGAAAGAAUUGGUGAAAACAAGAUUGAUUUACAUAACUACCUCAAACACGAUGGAGGAAGAGGAAGGAAAACUGGUAUGGCUUUAUUAGUAAAUAAAAUUUCAAAUUUAACGAUUAUAGAUGUUGAUAUCAAUAAAUCAUACAAUGAUGAACUUAAAGAAACAGUUAGAAAAGAUAUUUUAUCAAAACUUUCGGAUAAAGAUGUUAUCGUUAAAACCGCUUCAGGAGGUCUUCACAUUUAUUGCAACACUAAUUUCUUCUAUGCAGUUUCGAACAGAAUGAUUAAAUGCUAUUCUUGCAAUGAUUAUGAUAUUGACAUAAUGACUUCUAUGGAUGAUUCAAAGCGUUCUUUAGUGGUUAUGGCUGAUUCAAGAGUUCGCAAGAAUGCAACAGAACCAAUCAAAACAUACUCAUUCAUUCGUGGAAGUUAUGACUCGACCAUAACCAGAACAGUGAAUGAUAUAUUAAAUGAUUUGAAUAUUAAGGUAAGAGUUGAACAAAAGAAUGAAGAAAUAAAGACUAUCAUGAAUGAAAACAAAGAUGUAAACAUUGACGAUAAACUAACUCAAAGCAUAGUUGAUGGCAUCAGUGAUUUUGAAGUACAUAAUGACGGUGGAAACAUGAAUUUAGAAAAAGAAGUUACAUUAUUCACACU